GGUCAAACUUGUCUACAUACAGGAGCUAGCUACCUUAUAAAUUGCAUCGUUGUGUUUAAGAAGAGUAGUGAGUAUGAUGCAUAAGGAGAUGCAACUCAUGGCAAAGCAGAAACGGAGCAACACUCUUUUCAUGCAGUCGGUGAUUCUCUUCCUUUUUGCUUCCUCUGUUUCAGUUUCAGCAAUAGUUGUGCCUCUCUUGCAGAGCUACCAGAAACCUAUUUUCAGAUCAAACUUUCAUACUAUUUAUGACACUUCAAAGUAUGGUGUGGUUCAACUCGAUAAUGGGUUGGCUCGAACGCCUCAGAUGGGAUGGAAUAGCUGGAACUUCUUUGCCUGCAAUAUCAAUGAAACGGUUAUUAAGGAAACGGCUGAUGCACUUAUAUCAACGGGAUUGGCUGAUUUAGGUUAUGAGUACCUCAACAUAGAUGAUUGCUGGUCUUCUGUGACAAGAGAUUUGAAGGGUCAGCUGGUCCCUGAUCAUAAGACAUUUCCAUCUGGAAUCAAAGCACUUGCAGAUUAUAUACAUGGAAAGGGACUCAAGCUUGGCAUAUAUUCUGAUGCUGGGGCUUUUACGUGUCAAGUCCGACCAGGUUCGAUUUUCCAUGAAACUGAUGAUGCAGAUUUGUUUGCCUCUUGGGGUGUUGAUUAUUUGAAGUAUGACAAUUGUUACAAUCUGGGCAUCCCUCCUAAAAAACGAUAUCCACCUAUGCGUGAUGCUCUCAAUGCAACUGGACGUAAAAUAUUCUAUUCAAUCUGUGAAUGGGGUGUUGAUGACCCUGCCUUAUGGGCAGGCAAGGUUGGUAACAGUUGGCGCACAACUGACGACAUCAAUGAUACUUGGGCAAGCAUGACAACUAUUGCUGAUCUUAAUGACAAGUGGGCUGCAUAUGCUGGUCCUGGAGGAUGGAAUGACCCAGAUAUGUUGGAAGUUGGCAACGGUGGCAUGACAUACAAGGAAUACCGUGCUCACUUCAGCAUCUGGGCUUUAGCGAAGGCUCCUCUAUUGGUUGGUUGCGAUGUAAGAAAUAUGACUGCUGAAACAAUUGAGAUUUUGAGCAACAAAGAAGUCAUUGCCAUAAAUCAAGACUCACUUGGAGUCCAGGGAAGGAAAGUUCAAGUUUCUGGAAUAGAUGGUUGUAGUCAGGUUUGGGCAGGCCCUUUAUCAGGAAAUCGAUUGGUUGUUGCUCUCUGGAAUCGGUGCUCUAAAGUUGCUACUAUAACAGCUUCAUGGAAAGCACUUGGGCUUGAAUCUGGAAUUCAUGUUUCUGUGAGGGAUUUGUGGCUGCACAAGUUAUUAACUGGAGAUGCAGUGUCAUCAUUCAGUGCUCAAGUUGAUGCUCAUAAUUGUGAACUGUACAUUUUCACUCCAUCUAAAGUAUCUCAACUUGUAAAGUAGCUCAUGCUUCACACCUGUGGGUCUUGGUCCAUCUGUAUACUACGAGCCGCAUGUAAUUGAAGGAGAAGAUGAUGCCAUGCCUAUUCUGGAUUCAAUGCUAUAAUGAAAGUGAAUUAAAUGAACUUCUGCUUGUUUUUUUUCUUCCUUUUUUUUUUAUCAUUAAUCAUUUGUUGGUUAGACAUGGAGAAGUUAAAUCUUCAAUAUCUUUGUGGUCCCAUUUCAAAUAAAUUGUGUACUAGAUGGCCUGCUACUCAUGAAUAAUGAUCACAAGAUUGCUGUGUUCCAAAUGGUUGUAUGAUGUUUUUUAAAAGUUAUUAAAUAAAUUACGGCAAAA